UGAACACCAACCCUUCAAACCCCUCCAAAAAAAAACCACCCCACGUAUCCGAACCAAACCCUGGAGGCGACAGCGCAAGCGGGCGCUAUAAAUUCUUCUUCAUAAUGGACGGCUACGGCAGCGAGACAGAUAGCGACUAUACCAAUUAUUGGCGGGACUGGGUACGUGGCCCUGCGGCUGUUUUCUUUUCCUCUCUUCGGGAUCACCCCCCCUCAUCAUCACGACAUCGAAAGCGCAGAUCAAAUCACGGUUGCGCGCCAGGCCUUAGUGGGCUCUGUACCUCUUCUAGCAGCUAUACAUGUGAACAUGGAACGCUAACACUGCUUGUGCUUGUCUAGUUUAUAUCCUCGCGCGGCAAUGAAUACUUUUGCGAGAUCGACGAAGAGUAUCUGAUGGAUCGGUUCAACCUGACUGGCCUCAACUCGGAAGUCCAGUAUUACCAAUAUGCUCUAGACCUCGUCACGGACGUGUUUGAUCUCGACUGCGACGACGAGAUGCGCGAGACGAUUGAAAAGUCGGCACGCCAUCUCUACGGCCUCGUGCACGCCCGAUAUAUUGUCACAACUCGGGGUCUUAAUAAGAUGCUCGACAAAUACAAAAAGGGCGAGUUUGGCAAAUGCCCCCGCGUCCACUGCCACUCCCAGCCUCUACUACCCAUGGGCCUCGCUGACGUGGCCAACACCAAGCCCGUCAAGCUCUUCUGCUCGCGCUGCGAAGACGUCUACAACCCCAAGUCGACGCGCCAUGCCGGCAUUGACGGCGCCUACUUUGGCACCUCCUUCCACAAUAUCAUGUUCCAGGUCUACCCGACGCUCAUCCCCGCCAAGUCAGUCGAGCGAUACGUCCCGCGCUGCUUCGGCUUCAAGGUGCACGCUGGCGCCGCGCUGGUCCGCUGGCAGGGCGCCCAGAGAGACGAGAUGAAGAGAAGGCUGCGCAAGGCUGGUCUAGAGGUGCAGCUUGGCGAUGAUAGCGGCGAUGAAGAGGCCGACGGCGACGUUCAGUUUGAAGGAGUCCCCUCGUAAACAAACCAAAGGUGACGAGGGUGAUUGUUUACACGGAGCAGAUGGAUUUUCCUUGUCUCUCUCAUAUAUAACCUUCCGACGGCCCGGUCUCUUUUGUUUUACAUGUUGGAAGGGGUGUUUAACUUGGCAGUAGAGGAAAAGAAUAUUGCGCAGGAGGUUCCUGCUUAUAGGCGUUUACAGGGUUACGGAUACAGCCUCAUGGGUAUGCUUAAUAACAUUGACAUGAUAUUUUGAUGACUUGGUGUGCCGUUGAAUUUUGUGCGUGAUGAGUUUUCAAGUGGACAAAAAGUGAGUGAAAACUGCAUGAACAGUGAAAGGAUAUGCUGUGAUGAUGUUGUUGUUGUAGUGGUGGGAGCAAAAAAGGCAAAAAGAAAUGAUUCCGCCCGGGCUCGAACCGGGGACCUUCUGUGUGUUAGACAGAUGCCAUAAACCGACUAGACUACGGAAUCAGAUGUUAUUGGAAAGGGUGGCGCUAUUUUUUAUUUUAUAGCUUGGUCCACAAAGUGCCCACUACGAGCCAAAAAUGCUAUGCAUCUUUUUCCUAGUAUCAGUGGUUGACUUAGAGCUCCAGCGGACAAGACAUGAAAUUACCAAAAGAAAUAAAAAGUGAUGAGAAUGAGAAUAAGAAUGUAGUCAAUUU